CUGGCUGCGCCUUGAUGCUGAGCGGAGCGCUCACCUGCAGACGAGAAGAGCCGGAGAAAACUCGGGACAGAGCUGCAGCACACACUCACGGAGCGCAGGGGGAAACGCAGCGAACAGUCUGACCAAAGUGGGAGAGGAAAUUAAACAAUCACCGAAGAAGAACCGCGGAGCGACCCUCUUUUCUUUUCUCUCUCUCCUGUUCCUUGUCCAGGCAGCUUUGACUCGCUUUUACUCGUCACAAUGAGGACCGACUUCGCAGUGGUCCUGACAGCAGCUCUUCUUUUUGAUACAAUUUGGAGGAAUAAUGGGGAGCACGCCUCCCAAGGUCCCUGUCAACCUGGCUUCUCGCAAAGCUUCUACUCCGUCCAGAUAUCGAGGGAUGUACUGCAAGGCCAGGGCAUACUUAAAGGUACGACAGUAUCACCACAAAAAGUGACGUUUGACGACUGCAUGGGGAAUGAGGCCGUGGUUUUCCAGAGCACUGACCCGGUCUUCAAUGUCCGGACAGAUGGAUCCAUCUUUGCCAAGGGACAGGGAGCCAGUUUGGAUGAGACAGUUCAGUUUAAAGUGACAGCGCGUGGCCCUCACACAAAUGUCUGGGAGACUAUGGUUCAACUGAUCCUGACUGACCUGUCGUCAUCAGGGCAAAAUGAAAAUGAGGUCACAGAGGAAGCAGGGCACAUCAGUGAGCAAAACAAGAAGAAGAACGCGUCGCAGGCACCGACUCCUGUCAUCAUGUUCCCAGGGUCCCACGUCAACAUCACCAGGGGUCUCCGAAGGCAGAAGAGAGACUGGGUGAUCCCACCAAUCAAUGUGGCAGAAAAUUCUCGUGGACCAUUCCCUCAGAUGCUCGUCAGUAUUCGUUCCGACCAGGACCAGGACAUCUCAAUCCGUUACAGCAUUACUGGGGUGGGAGCAGAUCAACCACCCAAUGAGGUGUUCAGUAUCGACCCUGUGCUCGGAAAGAUGUUUGUCACCAAACCUCUGGAUCGAGAACAUCGAUCUUCUUAUCAUCUGCGGGCCCAUGCGGUGGACAUGAAUGGGAACCAGGUCGAGAACCCGAUUGAUCUGUACAUCUUCGUUAUCGACAUGAAUGACAACAGACCAGAGUUCAAAAACCAGGUCUACAAUGGUUCUGUGGAUGAAGGUUCUAAACCAGGAACUUACGUAAUGCAUCUAUCUGCAUUUGAUGCCGAUGACAACACCACAGCGAAUGGGAUGGUGCGCUAUCGGAUUCUGUCCCAGACACCGCACAGCCCCAUCCCUAACAUGUUCACCAUCAACAGUGAGACGGGAGACAUUAUGACAGUGGCGCCUGGACUCGACAGAGAGAAAGUGUCCCAGUACACCAUCAUUGUGCAAGCCACAGACAUGGAGGGAAACCUCAACUUUGGCCUUUCCAACACAGCCACUGCCAUCAUCACUGUCACGGACAUCAACGAUAACCCUCCCAUGCUGACCUCAAGAACUUUUUCUGGCGAGGUCCCAGAGAACACAGUGGAUGUUGCAGUGGCUAAUCUGACUGUUAUAGAUGCUGACCAGCCCCACUCUCCUAACUGGAACGCCGUUUACAGGAUCAUCAGCGGGGACCCAACUGGGCACUUUACCAUCCGCACCGAUCCUGUUUCCAAUGACGGCAUGGUCACCGUGGUGAAGCCAGUCGAUUUCGAGAUGAACCGGGCCUUCAUGCUGACAGUGGUCGUGUCGAACCAGGCCCACCUGGCCAGCGGCAUCCAGUCUUCACUCCAGUCGACUGCUGGAGUCACCAUAUCAGUGAAGGACGUCAAUGAGCCUCCUUAUUUCCCCACCAACCCCAAACAGAUCAGAUUCGAGGAAGGCGUUCCUACUGGCACCAGCCUGACCACUUUCUCGGCUUCAGAUCCUGACAGACUCCAGAUGCAACAGAUAAUCAGGUAUUCAAAGCUGAAUGACCCUGCAAACUGGCUGUCUAUCAACAGAACCAGCGGUCAGAUUGUAACAACUGGAAUGCUGGACCGGGAGUCUGUCUACGUAAAAAACAACAUAUACGAAGCUACGUUUCUGGCUACUGACAAUGGCUCUCCUGAAGCCAGCGGCACAGGCACAUUGCAGAUCUAUUUGAUAGAUAUUAAUGACAACCCCCCGGCGCUCGUACCAAGGGAGUCUCAGAUCUGCGAAAGGAUGAACAAAAAUGUCAAUGGUGUCAACAUCACUGCCGCCGAUGCUGACACGGAUCCCAACGCUGGACCCUUUGUCUUCGAGCUGCCCAACUUCCCCAGCAGCAUCCGACGCAACUGGACCAUUGCACGGAUCAGUGGUGAUUAUGCCCGUCUCGCUCUUCGGUACCAGAUCUACUUAGAACCAGGAAUGUACGAGGUCCCUAUCAUUGUGUCAGACUCUGGCAACCCUCCAUUAUCCAAUAGGUCUGUCAUCAAAGUGAAGGUUUGUCCGUGCGAUGAAAAUGGUGACUGUACCACACUUGGUGCUGUCGCGGCCGCUGGCCUGGGGACCGGAGCCAUCAUCUUCAUCCUAAUCUGCAUCAUCAUACUGCUGUGCAUGGUGCUGUUGUUUGUGGUGUGGAUCAAGCGCAGAGAGAAAGAAAGGCAGACAAAGCAGUUGCUGAUUGACCCUGAAGAUGACGUCCGAGACAACAUCCUCAAAUAUGACGAGGAGGGCGGAGGAGAAGAGGAUCAAGACUAUGACUUGAGCCAGCUGCAGCAGCCCGACUCUUUAGAACACAUCAUCAGCAAACCGCCUGGCGUACGCAGAGUUGACGAGAGGCCCAUCAUCCCAGAGUCUCAAUACCCCAUCAGACCAGUUGUGCCCCAUCCUGGAGACAUUGGAGACUUUAUUCAUGAGGGUCUGCGGGCUGCAGACAACGACCCCACGGCUCCUCCGUAUGAUUCCCUGCUCGUUUUUGACUAUGAGGGCAGCGGCUCCACCGCCGGCUCAGUCAGCUCCCUCAACUCUUCCAGCACAGGAGAUCAGGACUAUGACUACCUCAACGACUGGGGACCCCGUUUUAAGAAGUUGGCUGACAUGUAUGGGGGUGGGGAUGAUGAUUAAGAAUCCAGCCCCAUCUCUCACAUAUAUACACACACACACACACCCUCGACCCGUCAGCUGGCCUGCCAAGCUCUGUCUCCUCAACACAGUGGGGCUAUUACACCCUUCUUGAACACACGUUAAAGAUGGCAUGUUCACACGGACCAACCAACCAAUCUAAUAACCCACCACAGAGGAUCAGUGCUGUGAGUUACUUCCAGGUGCUCUUCUCAACCGGCUCCUGCUCUAAGCCUGUCUAAGACUGUACUAGAAGCUCUGAUUUGCAGGCUUUGUGUCAUAUCUAUUCUCAAACUCAUGUACUUUUUUUGUCACGUCAAUUUUUGAGUUGUACACUUUGAUUAUUUUUUUUAUGUCUGUUUCAGUUUCUAUUGCCUUCUUUUUGUCCUCAGUCUCGUUUGUUUCAGAAGAUUCCCUUUUCCGGAGGGAUUUCACUUUUCCCUCUCCGACAGCCCCUCGCCCGCCCGCCUUUCUGAAGGAGCUUUAGGUUGAGCUACAUGCUUUUUCUGAGGCAAACAAAAGUGAGAGAAAAGGUAACACAGAUAUGAAAGUCCUCUUUACAUAGAGGGUUUUGAUCCAUUCUUUUCUGAACUUGAAUUUCCUAGAACAGAAGCACUGUUGUUUAAAAAAGUGCCUUCAGUGGUGGGUUUCUUUUAGCAGACUCCUGCUAACUCAGGAUUGGUUGCCAUUAUUUGGACUAACAGGCCGUGACAUGACCCCGGACCCUUUAAUUGAGAUCUCCCUCGUCAUUUCUCCCAUCCGGCAGGGCCGUGGUAUCUGCGGGAGACGUCAGUGCAGGUUUUAGAGGACGCUUCAAGUAGACAUACUGUACAGAGGCCUACAGUGUGUCUCUAGGUAAUGGAUAAAUCAUUAGGCUUUUUCAAGUCAGAUGUACCUGUGCCCCGAGAUCACAUUUAGCUUGACUAUGAUUGCUAUAAUCACAGACACAUAUAAAGAGGCUGUCUUACAGAAAAAAAAAAUCAUUCUGUCUUUGUUUCUUGUAGCAACAGCAGCUGUGUUUGUUUUGCUCUCAGUGUGUGAGAGAUUGGUCUCAUUACUAAGCAUAAAAGUUGAAAAGCUAAAUGUGUUGUUUCUGCAAUGUUGCUGGGUAUGAAGUACUUGAAAGGUUAUUUAGGAGCUUGGCUUUAAGAUCGUCCAAUAUUUGCAUAUGUACUUUUUCAGUCAAAGGUGGUUGAUUACCUUACAAUUUUUGUGAGAAACAUGUUGUGGAAGUAUAAACAUGAAAGUUACAAAUAUUACAAAACAUAAAACACAGCCAUUGGUGUGAUUCUAUCUUAUAAUUAGCUGAGCCUUGAGUUACUGUCGCUAAUUUUACCCAAAUUAGCCCCUAUAGCUUUUCCUAUAACUUUAUGACAUAAAUCCUGCUACAAAAACUAGAGAUUCACAGUGAAACUGUCCAAUUUUCAGCUUGUGCUCCUGACCUGUGAUCUAGUCAGUCAGAACUCACAGAAAUCUUACCUUUUCAGAUCAGUGCAUGUACCAUAUCAAAUCACAGAAGUGGCAACACACUUAAUAUGUGGACAUUGUUACUUUGGGAAGAAGACUCAAAGUUUGUACCAAUGAGGGGUUUAAAAAUGAAAUUAGUGAAAGCACAGUAUAUAAGGAUAUCAGGACCAGCUGUUCUUUCUGUUAACAUGUUACUUCCUCAGAAUUUCACAUUUUUGCAGUUUUGUUUUCUUGUAUAUGCAGCUUUUAUGGGUUUAAAAACAAUCUGCCAGCAGAUAACAGGAAGGCUAAACAGAGUAAACCAAAAUGUUCAGUUUCAGCCACAUCGGUUAUAGAUCAGACUGGAUGUAGAAAUGUUGGCUUUUCUGCUAAAUUUAUAAGAUUGAAAGUAGGGUUGGAUGUUAUAUAGGUAAUACACUUGGGAGGGCUGUUUAUAAGUACAAUUGAUUACUGUUCCAAUUACAAACUUGAGCUGCUAAAGGACUUUUGAAAUGUCAACUCCCUUAUAAAUUUGUCUUUGUUUUAAAAUUGAAAAACCCAUCUCUGUGACACAAUGUGACAUCUCCUCUGCUUCUAAUAUGCAGUUAUUGUCACUAAUACUGUUAUGACCGCUCUUACAAAGAUUCUUAAAUCUGCAAUGACAGUUUAUAGCUUUACAAAAAACCCAACAUUGGUGCAUCUCUAACAGAAACUGGGGAAAAUAAGCUGAGGCAAGCAGUCUUAGCACUGUCACAAACCAGCUCUCUUUAGGCAGAGUUCUACUUAUUUAAAAUGUUAGUCUGAAAAUCCUGACAUUAAUUUAAGAGGUUUUACAAAAUGUAGAUUUGUGUGAAGCCCAGGUACUUUAGUAAUGAGACUCUUCCUCACACAUUUGCUGUCUGCCAGCUGCCUUUGAGCUUUUGUAAACUUAAUUUGUGGCAUAUCAGGGAGGUGCUAUGGGGACUGUUGUAGACUGGUUAAACAUAGUUUGCUCAUUAAAGUUUUUGAAUAUGCAAAACAUUUAAGAAUGGUACGGGGAGAAACUGAUCAUUGAAAACAUGAUUUGUUCUGAGCAGGUUUAUAUUGUUUCUUACUGAUAAAUCAAAAUCAAAUCAAGUCAAAUUUUAUUUGUGUAGCACAUUUCAUCAGCAAGGCAUUUCAAAGUGCUUUCCAUCAUAAAUACAAAAACACAAAGUCAUGCAUCAUGGAAUAAACAAUACACUGUUGCAUAUUACAUUUCAAAUACAAUUCUAAACAGGUGUGUUUUUAGUUGAGAUUUAAAGGAAGUCAGGGUUUCCGCUGUUUUACAAUUUUCUGGAAGUUUGUUCCAAAUUACUAACCUGAAGGUCUCCAAAGGUGAGUGGGUGUAAAGGAGCUUUUUCUAAUUAUUCCUUUCUUAAUAUUUUCAGUUUUUAUUCAACAAGAUUUAAAUAACAAUCAAACCACUCUGUUUUACAAAAUAUAAUAAGGAAGCAGACAUGAGCUCUUUGAGAUGCCUUGAGGAAAAAAUAUACAGUUCCAUAGUAUCAUAGUAUUUAGACAAAGAUUUAAAACCAAAGUGAUUGAAUUGCUUUUAUUUGAACAUUUUAAGUAGCUAAUGGUCUUGUUGCUGCAAAAUAACAUACUUCUAGUUGCAUUGAUAGUACAAUACCAUAAAUAGAUUAAACAUUUCAAUCUACAUUAAAUUAUUUUGCUACCAGUUUUUAGAUAAUAGACUUAUUGGACAGAGUAUUAUAAAUCUUUGCUAUUUUUAGGCGAACAGAAGUGUAAGCAGCUGAUAUUAGCUUCUUAAUUUGUUGGGCUAUCUGAUUGGUUAAAGUGUAAAGUUGGCUGUUUAGGUUAUUGCUGCUCAUAAUUUGUGAACUGUAGUUUAAAAACAGUGUAAUUUUAAUAAAAGCGAUGCGUGGUACUUCAUAGUUUCUUGUACCAUGAUUUGUUUUUUUGUGACUGGAAAUCUAUACAAAGAGUGGCCAUUUUAUUUGCUUUAAUCAAGGGAAAAGGAAGAGUAGCUGUUGUUCAGCCAGCUUUCCAGUAACAGGUGGAGGAGAGACAGUAAACAAGCAAACAGUACUUUGGUCACUUCCUCUCUCAUCUUUUUUAAAGGACCUUGAAGUAUAACAGAUCCUUUUAGCAGCUUUGAAAUUGUUGCUUUUUAAACCCUUGUCAAGUAACCAAUAUGUAAAUUGAGUGAAAAUAGACUGGUAAGAAAAUAUGGAAAUGUUUGUCUAUAGAUAUAAGUAGACAGAAAGUGGUGUGCAUCAUUUGACUUUAAAACACGAAAGGAGCAACCAAUCCAGUGUAAAUAAACAGGUCAACAGGGUCAAUUUGGUUCAGUUGGCAGAUUGAUAAGUAUGAAUCGUUGCUUAUACAACCUAGAAAUGUUGAUCAGGAUAGCCGCCAGCUCAGAUAUGAACACAGAGUGUUUCCCACAGCUCGCUGCUAGAUAAGCUCUUAUCUGUGUGACUGCCUUUUAGCCUGAAGAAUAUCCCAUAAAAUAAACACAGCUGUUAGUUCCUAUUUGUGAUUCUUUCUGACACAUAAAUGUUGUAAAUAUAGAAUCUUUUUAUACAUGUGGUGACAUUAGUUUUUCUGUGCAGCCUUUUUUUCCACUAUAGUUUGGUUCCAAAUGAAUACUUGGCAAAUUAUAUUUCACAAAAAGCCAUGUGCAUUUACCAGAAUUUGUAUAAAUCUGUAUGGGCUGACAGCCAUAAUUGUAUUACUUCAUCGUGGCGAGAGGGUUUCCACACCCAACCAACCUGUACAGUACACACUCACUCCUCUAGGCCUUACUGUACAUAUAAGAGUGUUCUAUAUUAUAUAAUCCCAUUCUGCAGUGUUGCAAUUCACUGAAAGAGCAGCACUAAGACUGAUGGCCAUCCUGUCUCCAAAGAAAGAAGAAAUAUCAUAGUAGUGAUGCUCUGUAAUCAGACAUUCAAAUCAAAUUCUGGGACAGAUAUUGGCAGCCAACCUUCAUAAACUAUGUUACGUAUGAAGGCAUGGCGCAUUAUUGUAGUGAUGCUGAAUGUUGGCUUGGCAGCGAGGCACCAGUGCAUAGAGUGAAACCUGACCCGCAGUGAUCUUCAAAAUAUUGGUUAUUUCCUGUUGAAGUCGUGGUCCAUUUGUUGUGUUGACAUUCUCUUGCUAAUAUAAAGGGAGAAUUAACAAAUGAAAACCAAGAGGGAACUGCACUGCCAAAGUUCAACCCUGAGUUCUGUCUGACACUUGGGGUUACUCAAAGAACGCCCGGUCACUGCGGGCUGUUCUGGACUCUUAAUCACCAUGGAUGCAGACCUGAAGGGAGAUUCUAAAAGAUGCCAAACUUUUGUUCUGCUAUGGAUUGAAGUCCAAAUAUGGGCAGCAGGCUCUCAUACGAGUCCUCCUGCUAUUCAAGUCCAAGUGUACAUAAUGUAAUAUUUGCUUGAAGCUAAACAGACCAUGUUAGGCAAGCUGUAACUGUACAAUUGGAGCUUUUUGCAUGUGUCUUUUUAUAAUGGGCAGAUGAGUCCUACUCCAAUUAUCAUGAACAAAUUCAAAAACUGUGCAGCCUGCAUGACAGAGGCUGGAGUCCAGAUGGGACUCUGGUGUAUGCAUAUUGUUUCAAAUGAAGGAAAAAGGAAAAAAAAAAAAAAGCAGAAAAAAUAUUGCACAGGUAUCAAGUCAAAAGACUUUUUUUGUAAAUUGUCAACAGCACAAAUAUUUUAUAUUGUUGUUUGUACCUUUUUUUAAAAAAGAAAAGGAAAAAAAAGGGAAAGAGUCUGUUAUUUCAAGCGUGUGUUUAUAUUGCCACUGCGACGUCGGUUUCCAGAAACCCCAUACAGUACAUUCACAGCCUUGCAGAUAAACCUUGUAAUAUAGACGCUGAGCCAGAGUCCCUGUCAGCAUCAUGUGUUAUAAAUAAAAAUUUCCCCUCCUUGUAAGAACA